GUAGGGCAACAAGGGUGGUUAGUUUUGACAGUACUUAUUUGUGCCAUAAAAAAACAAUCGAUCCUAUUUAACAAUUAUUUGGGCUUUUAUAUCUACCAAACAUCCUUUUUUGAGCUGUGGUCACUAAAUGAAGGGCUUCUGGACUGAGAGAGUCUAUCUAUUCCCUCAAUUGGAUGGGUAGCAGGGACAGUGUCUCCUGUGAUCUCAAGAAUAGGAGGGAAUGUUGACCAGGGAACACCACUGCGGCCGUUCAGAGGAGCAGGAACCAGAGCCCGGGCUGAGUCCCAAAAAAGCCAGAUCCGGACCGUGGCUCCGAAACGGUUGGAAGUGGAAGAUGGAGGAGCCAGAGGAGCCGGCAGAUGGUGGGCAGUCGCUACCUCCAGUUUACAUCUACAGUCCGGAGUAUGUCAGCUUGUGUGACUCCCUGGCCAAGGUCCCCAAACGGGCCAGUAUGGUACAUUCUCUGAUUGAAGCAUAUGCACUGCAUAAGCAAAUGAGGAUAGUGAAACCCAAAGUGGCCUCCAUGGAGGAGAUGGCUACAUUCCACACCGAUGCCUAUCUGCAGCAUCUCCAAAAAGUGAGCCAAGAAGGAGAUGAGGAUCAUCCGGACUCCAUAGAAUAUGGGCUAGGUUAUGACUGUCCAGCCACUGAAGGGAUAUUUGACUAUGCAGCAGCUGUAGGAGGGGCUACAAUGACAGCUGCCCAGUGCCUGAUUGAUGGGAUGUGCAAAGUAGCCAUUAACUGGUCUGGUGGAUGGCAUCAUGCAAAGAAAGAUGAAGCAUCUGGUUUUUGUUAUCUCAAUGAUGCUGUCCUGGGAAUAUUACGAUUGCGACGGAAAUUUGACCGUAUUCUCUAUGUGGAUUUGGAUCUGCACCAUGGAGAUGGUGUAGAAGAUGCCUUCAGUUUCACCUCCAAAGUCAUGACUGUGUCCCUGCACAAAUUCUCCCCAGGAUUUUUCCCAGGAACAGGUGAUGUAUCUGAUGUCGGCCUAGGGAAAGGACGGUACUAUAGUGUAAAUGUGCCCCUUCAGGAUGGCAUACAGGAUGAGAAGUACUACCACAUCUGUGAGAGUGUACUAAAGGAGGUGUACCAAGCCUUUAAUCCCAAAGCAGUGGUCUUACAGCUGGGAGCUGAUACAAUAGCCGGGGAUCCCAUGUGCUCCUUUAACAUGACUCCAGUGGGAAUUGGCAAGUGUCUCAAGUACAUCCUUCAGUGGCAACUGGCAACACUCAUUUUAGGAGGAGGAGGCUACAACCUUGCCAACACGGCUCGUUGCUGGACAUACUUGACCGGGGUCAUCCUAGGGAAAACACUAUCCUCUGAGAUCCCAGAUCAUGAGAAAUUGACAAUCUAAUCCAAAACUCCGUAUGGAAAUGCAAGCGACCCAGAAUCCCCAAAAUAAUCUUGAAAAGGAAGAGGACUCACACUUCAAAACUUACCAUAGAGCUACAAUGGUCAAGAUAGUGUGAUACUGUCAUACAGAGAGACAUACAGAUUAAUGGAAUAGGACCAAGUGUGCAGAAAUAAAUUCAUAUAUCUGUGGCCAAUUGAUUUUUCACAAGACUGCCAAGCAUAUUCAAUGGGAAAGGAAUGGCCUUUUCAAAAAUGCUGCUAGGAAAACUGGAUUUCCACAUGCAAAAGAAUGAAAUUGGAUCCAUGUCCCAUAUCAUAUACAAAAAUUAACUCAAAAUGAAGUUUCAGCAAAACUAUAAAACUCUUAUAAAAAAACUUAGAUGUAAAUCUUCAUAUUCUUGGAUUAGCUUCAAAGAACACUAUCAAGAAAUGAAAAGACAACUCACAGGAUGGGAGAACAUAUUUGCAAAUCAUAUAUAAAGAACUUAUAAUCUAGAAUACGUUUUUCAAAAAGCCUUAGAACUCAAUUAUAAAGGCAAAAUAAUCCAAUUUAAAAAUGGGCAAAGGAUGUGAAUAGACAUUUUUCCAAAGAAGAUGUACAAAUAGCCAAUAAGUACAUAAAGAAAUGCCCAGCAUCACUAGCCAUUAGGAAAAUACAAAUCAGAAACACAAUGAGAUACCACUUUGCUCUUACUGAGAUAAUAAUAAAAAAGACAAACAAUAGCAAGUGUUGACAAUAUGUAAAGCAAUUGGAAAUUUCAUGUGUUGCUGGUGGGAAUAUAGAAUGGUUUAGCCACUUAGCCACUUUGGAAAACAGUCUAGCAGUUCCUUUAAAAUUUGGACUUACUGCCAGGCAUGGUGGCACACAUCUGUAAUCCCAGCAACUGGGGAGGCUGAGGCAGGAAGAUUGCAAGUUCAAAGCCAGCCUCAGCAAUUUAUUGAGGCUCUAAGCAACUUAACAAGACCCUAUCUCAAUAUAAAAAAUAUAAAGGGCUUGGUGUGUGGCUCAGGGGUUAAGCAUCCCUGCGUUCAAUCCCAGUACCAAUAAAAAAAAAACUUGGACUUACUAAAUGACAUAGAAAUUCCACUCCUAGGUAUAUAACCACAUGUGUUCACACAAAAACUAAAAGCAGAAACAAUCCAAAUGUACAUCAAUUGGAGAAUGGAUAAACAAAAUGCACAUACAUGUAGAGUCAUCCCUUGGUCUCCUCGGGGGAUGGGUUCCCUGGAAUCCAAAAUCCAGGGAUGCUCAAAUCCCUUGUAUAAAAUAAUGUAGUGUUUUCAUAUAAUCUACACAUAUCCUCCUAUAUACUUUAAAUCAUCUCUAUUAUACUUAUAAUAACCACUACAGUAUAAAUACUGUGUAAAGAUUUUUUGCACUGUAUUGUUUAGGGGAUAAUGAUAAGAGAAAACUCUGUUCAUCUUCAGUACAAAGGUAAUUUUUUAAAAAUAUUUCUGCCUACUCUUUGUUGAAUCUACAGAUAUGUAAUCAGAGUAUACAGAGGGCUGCAGAGGGCUGAGACUGAGAAAGAUAUAUAUAUAUAUAU